AUGGCCUCAUGCACCCAUGCUGGGACUGAUCUGAUCCCAUUCUCUGAGAGAAACACUACACUAUUCUCUAGAGUGUGUACACCUCUACCUCAGCAGGAAUCUGAGAUUCCUGAACCUGUUGCAUAUUUUGACAUGGGCUCUUUAACUGUUCUGCCACCGCCGCAGCCCCUACACACCUACAUCUAUCAUGGAGAUAGAGAGAUUAAGGUUGAAGAUUCUUCAAGAUACAAGAAAAACAUCUUGUCUGAAUUUCACAGCUUUAUCUGCAUUCUUGAAUGGAAAUUCCGCCUUAAUCUGAGCCAGUAUAAUACUCAUGAGAUAUAA